CUAGUCAUUAGAGCCGUACACUCUACACCACCAGCUUCAGGAUGACAACCCAACUCCAGGUCGACAACGUCCACCUCAACAAGGCACGCGCCAGCAACAGCAAGGAAGACUGCAAGGCCCUCUACGAUUCGUGGGCAACGUCGUACAACCAGGACCUGACCGACGCUUCCCAGAACUACGUCGCACCGUUUACCGUGGCGGAGACGGUGCUGCGCAUGAACACCAACCCGGACGCCACGAUCCUCGACGCCGGCUGUGGAACCGGGCUCGUCGGGGAAACACUCGCGCGCGGAGGGCUUACGGCUAUCGACGGCUUGGAUCUGUCGCCCAACAUGCUGCGCGUCGCCGCUAAGACAGGCGUGUAUCGCAGCCUCACUGAGGCUGACCUGACGCAGCCAAUCGAUAGACCCGACAACGCGUAUGACAUCGUGACUUGCAGCGGCACUUUCACUCAUGGCCAUGUCGGGCCGGAUCCGGCUCUGCGGGAGUUCGUGCGGAUUGUCCAAAUGGGAGGACUGGUGAUUGCGACGAUUUUGGAUGCUGUUUGGGUGUCUAUGGGGUUUGAUACGGAGAUUGAGAGGCUGGUUGCUGAGGGGCUGGUGAGGGUAGUCGGGAUCGAGCUUACAGAUUACCGGCGGGGUUGGGAUAAGGCGCGCUUGGUUAUCUUGGAGAAGACGGGGGCCGCUUGAACUUCAUGCGCCAGUGUUAUUUUCACCGGGAGGGUGCAGAGGGAGGAUUCUCGAGCUGAGCCUCUCGUCUACUAUUGACUUGCUAAUGCGACAUUAACCGAUUCACGAUUUGACCCUGUGCGACAUGACCUAUGCGACUUCUUCAAAACAGCAGCAACGAUCAGACCAUUUGCCCCAUGCGCCAUGUUGGACUUUUCCUCAAUAUGAGGGCUGUAUCUAUGAAUUCAUUCUGUAUUAAGUGCUUUUUGCUGGGUCUGCCGGAUUCCAUAAUCGAGCGUGGUAGAAUACUGAAAGGAUUUGGCUAUGGUUUGGACUAGAGCAGAGGCCAAG